AUGACAGAUAAACUAAAAAAGAUGGGUAAAGUGCGGAAUCGGGCCUCGGUUUUCGGAGGUCAAAGGACGGAUGAGGGACCACCAGUGCAAAUGAACGUUUUUGGCGCUCCAAUGGAAACAUCUGGCCUUAUCAUUUCCGUGCAUCCAUUUAUGCCCGAACAAAAUAGCACACCAGGAGAGCUUUUCUUCGAGUGUACCCUGUUUCUCUACUCUGUUUUGGCUCUCUUCCUUCAAUAUCUUAAUUUAUACAAAACCCUCUGGUGGCUACCGAAAUCGUAUUGGCAUUAUUCUUUGAAAUUUCAUCAAAUCAAUCCAUAUUUUCUCUCAUGUGUUGGUCUUUUGCUAGGACUUCGAGUGACAAAAUGUUUUUGGAAAACGAUAACCGAAGUCGUCGCGAAACUCUCACUAAAUCAGGGACAAUUCAUGCAAUCUUGUCUCACCGUUUUUGAGUACGCUUUUGUGAAAACACCAAUGAUGACAAUGGUUGUCACUUCCUUUAUGUUCAGCUUUACGAAAGUCUGGAACGAUUUUCCGAUGUCUUCCGUGAUGCAGUUUUUUGUUCCACUACCUUUCUAUGCGUACAUCUUCCAAAGUGAACUUAUUCAUAAAUAUCGACGAGUGAAAGAAGCGUUCCUGGAUAUGGAU